ACUGUAGGUCUAACACGAGUUUUAUUAAAAUCGAUCGAAAUCGUGUUAUCCAGUAGCAUUGGCACUUUUGUUUCAUUUGGCAAACUCAUUUCACUCCGCAGCCGGGGGCAACGAUACAAUUUGUUUAAGGACUGAUAUAGAACAAAAGCUGGCUUGAUUCACUGGUGCCUAUAGCCUGCUAUAGCGUAGCGAUUUUUUUUUGCCUCUGCUUUGUGCGAGGUCAGAAGAUAGACUGUAGACCCAGGGUUGUCUGGCCACGAUGAUAAUGAUGAUGACUGGUAUAAAGCAUCGUCUCUGUUAAUACCGUAGCAAUGAUUUGUCAUUUUCGUAAAGGUUAAAGGGAAUUUACCUUAAACGAUGUCCACCUGUUUCCAAUACAAUCUUUCGGAAGAUAGUAAAAAUUAAUGAAUUUUAAUUAAUAGCCUACAAUGUAUUCUACUUCACUUCAGGUUUGUCUCUGACAUUACUCGCCCAUCGUUUUUAGAAACUGUAGCAAAACACUUUAACCAACCAAUUCCAAAAUAAGAACUGGUUCUUUGCGUUCGGAUUUUGAUUGAAAUGCCCUUCAACAUUUCUUACGAAACGUACAAAUUAUGUUUUCUCAAAUUUUGUCAUUCAGUAUGAUGGCAUUCGAGCAAUCGGUAUGACCAAAUGGUUUUCAACCAAUUAAACGUACUAAGUUAUAUUUUUUUUAAAUAUAGCCCAGCUGACCAUCGCAAUUUGUCCAGGUGUUUGUUCUCGGAGCUAAAUAAACAUUGGAUAUGAAAAAGUUAACAAAGUUGUAUAUUUCACAAGAACAAAAAACACACAUAAUUCGCUCGGCCAAAGAUCAUUGCUUUGCGGACCAUAAAAGCAUAAAAACACAUUUACGUUACGAUACUUUCUUACGGCCUCCACAAGCCUCGUGCAACGCAGCAGAGAGAUAUAGUAUAACAAUUAAGCUUCAACUGUUCCUCUAUUUGUAUACCAUAAAUCAGAUCCGAAUUAUCUCGUGCUCCUGUAUCCCGGGAGAACAGCAAAAAAGUAACGACGAGAACUACGGCUAUCUUAUCAUCAUCAUAUUUUCAUUAGUUAUCUCAGACAGGCGGAUGGAUGCGUGAACGAGUGUAUGUGCUGCUUUUGUGUACUCAUCGAUUUACUGUCAAUCCCUUCUUUUGGGUGCUGGCUUUCGUCGGGGAGUUUCUUAUCACUGGCCGUCUAGAUUGGGGAUAUGUUUGCAUAAAUUUUGCUGCGAUAAGCCCAGCCCUAAGUUUAUAAAGCGCCCCAAGUCGCGAGGCAAACGAUCACUAGCUUGAUUGGCGCGUACCCAGCAGGAUGGUGCUGCUUUGGAUUGUCAUUAGAAUAGAUUUCAAUUACAAAAUGCGUAAGGAGUUUGAACAAUCGCUGGACGUCUGUCGAUUGGAGCUGAAUAGCCUUCGACACUACAAACGACCCAAAAGGAUAGACGAUGAUGUUGAGGAGUAUAUUGACAUAACUGGGGACUACCCAUCAGAACCGGAGUCAAUCGACCGGUUUCAGCCGAAAAAUCUUUCCUACCUCAAGCAACCGCCUUCGAAGAUAUACUAUGAUUCCAUAGAAAAGGAAUCCAGCGAUGGAGGAUUUUUCGAUCGGGAUGAUUUGGAUGACGAGGACGAAAAAAAUGAUCUGGUCAUCGAUUGCAAACUCAACGGCGAUGUUGGUGAGAAGAAGACUGACAACGGAAUCUCUCAUGACAGCAAGGGCAGGCUUUCAACCCUGACCGAAUCAGACAUCGUAUUAAAUUUUACCUUGGUUGAUACGGAGCUGGUUUACAAUGCACCGACAAUCGUACAAAAACUGCCCUAUGCUAGUGAAACUAACAUAAAGCCGCCGGUGACAUUUGAGAUAGUACCAACGAGCAUACCGAGCAACACGCAGGACAUUAGAUUACAUCCAGUUCAGCGAAGGAAGAAUUCUUUGCCAUAUAGCACUGUCAAUCGUGCAGGUCAAACACGGGUACCAACGGUAGAUCAUCACUCGCUCACAAAUGUGCCAUCAACCGAACCCAUCGGAAGUAGACUUAGGCCAUCUGCAUUCUCACCUCCAGUGAAAUCUCAACUCCAACCGCAAACUCAAACCGUUCCCUUGAAGCCUACCAUCGGACCUACACAUCCAGCAUAUUACAAGAGUCUAAAGUACACCUCACUCAAAGCACCACAGCAACGCAAAUCUGUAACGAUGCCCCAACAACACUCAUCAUUCCCAUCGAUCGGGCAUUAUGCAAAGCUUCCGAGCGACUGGAGAAAACCGAGACAGAACGGUCGAGUUCGAGACGCUUUGGAAAAUAACAAAUCAAGUGGAACAUCAAGCUGCCUCCCGCCACAGUUCGGCUUCGGUUCGUCUAUGUUAAGCAAUCUGUACGAUGCCAGCCAACCUUUGGACUUUUCGAAAGAUUCCCCACUGAGUCAGUAUGAAGCAAUGCUGAAACGAUCCCCGCAGGAUCAGCAUCUGUACGGUUACUCCAUUCUACGUUCAUUGCCUAUUCCAGAACCGCCGAAGCCACCGUCUUCGGCACUUCGACCCAAACUGGUUUCGAUAAGGCACCAUCCGACCAUCUCCAAAAUUCACCGUCCUCACCGGUUGCGUGAUAUUCUAAAAACCAAACCGAACAUCCCAAUAAAGCCACCACCGAGCCAGAUGGUUAGCGAAUCGUUUCGAGUGCAUGUUCGACAGGAAAUCAACGCAUUCUUCAACCGGCGCCAGAAUGAAAUAUGUUCCGCCCUUAGACUGUUCACCACCGAGAGUAUAGACAUAUCUGAACUGUUUCGACGAUUAGAUCACUUUCAAAUCCGUGUCAGUCGGGAUUAUAUGGGUAUCGCUUGGACCAUGAUACAAAGGUACGGCUACCGGUUUCAGUCGGAAGUGCCUCCUGUUAAGCUGGACUAUAGAUGGCCGGAACGUCCUCAAGAGAUUGUUGAAUAUUUCAUGAAGGUGCGAGGCACCCUACGGCCUCAUGCGUCAGAGGAAACCUUAAACAUCUAUCGGAUGGUUGUUGGGGGACUUUUGGAGCAGUUUCGCGACUCGAUCGAAUAUUUUCUGUCCAGAAAUCUGCAAAGAUAGUAGUGAUACAAUGUAGGUUGUAAAUCGCAGUAUCUAGGGUGCCAUAAUAGUGCAGUAGAUGAAAUCCAACUGUGUUCGAUGAAAAACCGAACGGUGCUCGAAUUCAGAAUUUGUGUGCCUCAUUAUUAGGAGGUAGCAUUCUAUGUUAUAAGCUAUACAAAGAUUUAGUUUGUUUCUCAUCUAAUAGCUUUUACCAGUGCAAUGCUAGAUGUGAUAUAGUGCGUAAGUAUAAGUUCUUUUACAUGUGAAUGUAUUAGCAGUCAAGCAAAUGAGUUUAAUUUAAACUUUUCGAAUACUUUUCUAAAUUUUCUACAAAAUAUAUUUUUGGUAACUU